CGAGUAGACUCUCCAGUCGCUCGCCUCAAACCAACUCUCUCUACUGUAUCGAUGAAGUUGUUUCAAAGAUGGCGGAUUUCCUGCCGUCCCGGUCCGUUUUAUCUGUAUGUUUUCCAAACUGUCUCCUCACGAGUAACGAGGCAGAACAAUUAAGGAAAUCUAAAGAAAUAGACAAACGUAUUUCGCGGGAUAAGCCGUACGUGAAACGGCUGGUGAAGAUUCUCCUACUCGGAGCGGGUGAAAGUGGCAAGUCCACUUUCCUGAAGCAGAUGCGCAUCAUCCAUGGUCAGGACUUCGAUCAAAAGGCCAAAGAAGAGUUCAAGGCCACGAUUUUUAGUAAUGUAAUUAAAGGGGUGCGUGUGUUGGUGGAUGCCAGAGAAAAGCUCCACAUCCCGUGGGGCGAGGCGUCCAACCAGAGGCACGGAGAGACCAUGAUGGCGUUUGACACGAGGUCGGCCAGGAUGGCCCACGGCAUGGUGGAGACCAGCGUCUUCCUGCAGCACCUGCCCUCCAUCCGGGCCCUGUGGGCCGACACGGGCAUCCAGGACGCCUACGACAGACGCAGGGAGUUCCAACUGGGGGAGUCUGUAAAGUAUUUCCUGGAUCAUUUGGAAAAGCUGGGACAGCCGGACUACCUACCAACUCAGCAGGAUAUUCUCCUGGCCCGUAAGCCCACUAAAGGUAUCCACGAGUACGACUUUGAGAUCAAGAACGUUCCAUUUAAGAUGGUGGACGUUGGGGGUCAAAGGUCGGAGAGACGAAGAUGGUUUGAGUGUUUUGACUCUGUCACCUCCAUCCUCUUCCUUGUCUCCUCUUCAGAGUAUGACCAGGUCUUGAUGGAGGACCGUCAAACCAACCGUCUCAGCGAAUCCCUCAACAUCUUCGAGACGAUCGUCAACAAUCGUGUUUUCUCCAACGUCUCCAUCAUCCUGUUCCUCAACAAGACAGACCUUCUGGAGGAGAAGGUGCGCGCCGUCCCCAUCAAGGACUAUUUCCCAGAGUACCCCGGGGAGCCACACAGCCUGGUCGACGUACAGGGGUUCCUAGUGGACUGUUUCCGGGGGAAGAGGAGGGACGUGACGCAGAAGCCCCUGUACCACCACUUCACCACAGCCAUCAACACAGAGAACAUUCGCCUGGUGUUCCGAGACGUCAAGGACACCAUCCUCCACGACAACCUAAAGCAGCUGAUGCUGCAGUGAUCCCAGGGGGGUUAUGACCUUUUUGAAGUCACCUUUUGGCCUUUAACCCCCCCCCGUGACUCCUCACCGUGACCCACUGACUUGCCGUGAUUGCAGGGUGAUGAACAGAGAGCAGAAGAGUUGUUGUGUUACACUGUGUCACUGCCUUUUAAGUCACCCUUUGGCCCUUGACCUUUAACCCCUGCGAGCCCUCACCUUGACCCCUGAUCUCCAGUCACCUCUGGUGCAGGCUGUCACCUAUGACCCUUGACCACUGAACCCUGUUACCACUUCUAAUAGCCUUGUACCUGGCAGUUCUAUCCCUCCCCCCUUCUAAACCACUGUAAAUGAGCUCUCCCAAUCCCUCCCCUCACACAUCCCUCUCCUCUCUGUAAUGGACUAUUCCAGAGUCUGUAGAUAUGUUGAUGUGUUCUGUAGGAUGAAGUUGCUCUCAGACUCUGAUCCUGGGUCAGUUUUUAAUUUCCCCCACUAAUGGUUAAUGACAGGAUAUGGGGAGGGGAAGCUGGUCCUAAAUCUGUUGUUCUAUAUUACUAUGUUCACUCUGUUGGUUCACUCUUAACUCUCCUGUCUCACUCUGUCACAUUGUAACCUGUCUGAGAAGCCCAGACCACUGCUGGAGGUUAGCGGUCAAUGGUGAGGGGGUCAACUGGCCUUUCUGUGUUGGAGGGAGGAGUCAAAGGUCGUCACCCACGGCAACCAGGGAAGAGGGGGUGGUAAACGCUGUAGAACAAAAUGAUGAUGAUGACUGUGUUUUACUGGCGUCAGCCUGUCGCUAUGCACCUCCACUCACACCUGCCCCGAACUGGCUUGAUUCUACACUUCCUUUUCCCUCAGAGCCUGAUUAUGACAUCACCGUGCCCCCCCCCAACACCGUUCUGACAGCCAAUCGGUGUCACUAUCUGGAUGUGGAACCAACUGCAGCGGAGAGCUUGUUAUUUGUUGUUGUUGCUGAGGGGGAAGUUAAAGAGUGGAUGGACUUUACAACACUGUACUAAAACUAAUCCUUAAUGAUUCCACAGAUACGCCUUUUACCACUGUCUGAUGAUUACCUAUCAAACAGAGCUAGACGCACACACACACACACACACACACACACACACACACACACACACACACACACACACACACACACACACCCUGCCCAUAGAGACUCUUCUGACCCGAUCCUGGUCUUACUGUUUGGAACUUUUUUAAACUUUUUUUUUCUCACAUAGAUUUAUUAUGAAUAUAUGUACCUAAACAUUGUCUUAAGUUAUAUUCAAAAGGUUUUACACAAGUUUGAUUUACACCUGCUGAUGGACAGUGUGAAAGGCUAUGGACGAGGGUGUGUGAACACACGCGCUCGGACGGACUGGCUCGGACGGACUGGCUCGGACGGACUGGCUCGGACGGACUGGCUCGGACAGACUGGCUCGGACGGACUGGCUCGGACAGACCAGUUGAUAAACUACUGAGCUAAUUCUCAGGAUACAUUGUGGACCACUUCUUUGUGUAUUUAGAGCAGUGAUGUUCAUUGUGGACCACUUUUUUGUGUAUUUAGAGCAGUGAUGUUCAUUUGCCUAAGUCCUAAAACACACAGACAGUCGGCUGUCCGUCAGAGGCUGGUAGUCUAAACAACUUGCCUGCCAGCUAUAUCCCCUCUUCCAGUCCUUUUUCUUUCUCCCCUCUCUUUCUGUCCCUCUCUCUGUGUUAGUGUGAGCACCACGUGAUCAGCCUUGUAAACCCUGUGGAGGCUCAUCCUCGAGGGAAGAGACAGUGAUUAGCCUUAACCCUGUGGAGGCUCAUCCUAGAGGGAAGAGACAGUGUUUAGCCGUAUAAACCCUGUGGAGACUCAUCCUAGAGGGAAGAGACAGUGAUCAGCCUUGUAAACCCUGUGGAGGCUCAUCCUAGAGGGAAGAGAGAGUGAUCAGCCUUGUAAACCCUGUGGAGGCUCAUCCUAGAGGGAAGAGAGAGUGAUCAGCCUUGUAAACCCUGUGGAGGCUCAUCCUAGAGGGAAGAGAGACUGAUCAGCCUUAUAAACCCCGUGGAGGCUCAUCCUAGAGGGAAGAGACAGUGAUCAGCCUUGUAAACCCUGUGGAGGCUCAUCCUAGAGGGAAGAGACAGUGAUCGGCCUUGUAAACUCUGUGGAGGCUCAUCCUAGAGGGAAGAGACUGAUCAGCCUUGUAAACCCUGUGGAGGCUCAUCCUAGAGGGAAGAGAGUGAUCAGCCUUGUAAACCCUGUGGAGGCUCAUCCUAGAGGGAAGAGACAGUGAUCAGCCUUGUAAACCCUGUGGAGGCUCAUCCUGGAGGGAAGAGACAGUGAUCAGCCUUGUAAACCCUGUGGAGGCUCAUCCUAGAGGGAAGAGACUGAUCAGCCUUGUAAACCCUGUGGAGGCUCAUCCUAGAGGGAAGAGAGAGUGAUCAGCCUUAACUCUGUGGAGGCUCAUCCUAGAGGGAAGAGACAGUGAUCAGCCUUGUAAACCCUGUGGAGGCUCAUCCUAGAGGGAAGAGAGAGUGAUCAGCCUUAACCCUGUGGAGGCUCAUCCUAGAGGGAAGAGACAGUGAUCAGCCUUAACCCUGUGGAGGCUCAUCCUAGAGGGAAGGGAGAGUGAUUGAUAAGCCUUAACCCUGUGGAGGCUCAUCCUAGAGGGAAGGGAGAGUGAUUGAUAAGCCUUAACCCUGUGGAGGCUCAUCCUAGAGGGAAGAGAGAGUGAUCAGCCUUGUAAACCCUGUGGAGGCUCAUCCUAGACAUACUCUUAUCACUCAGUCAGGGGAAAGUGAUGUGGAAACUGUCAAAUGAUUUGAUUUAAUUAUGAAUCUUUCUCUCUCUCCUUAACUCCUCACCAACCAAUGUGUCUUUAUCCCAAGCAAACCCCCAUGAGUUAGACGUUGGGUUUCUACCAACUGAAGGGAAACCAGGAGAAUGACAUCGUUCACAUUGUUGUACCCGUUAUCCAGGGGGCGUCUGAAGUCACACCCCACUACUCUCUAUCUAGUGCACUGCUUUCGGCCCUGUGUGUCUUUGAUAGGGCACUACUUAGUGCACUACUUUUUAACAGAGCACUAUGUUAUUCUUAUUAAGGUAGUAGGGUGCGGUUUUGCACGUAGACUCCUAAAAUCUCUCUCGUUGUCUCCCAAGUGAGCGCUAUUCCCUAUAUAUUUUUGGAUGCAGUCUUGAGUCUCGUUGGCCAAACAUGCUGCAUGUGUAGCUCAAGUCUCUCUCACAAACACUGUCAGCCCUGUCAGGGCCUCUGACUGAUGGCUCCAGGCCAUCCCUUCCAUAGCUCCGAGUCAUCCCCCGCACAGAGCUCUUUGUCUGGGCUGAGACUGUGUCAGGCCCCCUUGGCUGAAGACCACCAUUCCAUCCUCUAUACCAGGCGGAUGGACUGGUGUGACUGGGACCAGUGUCUCCUCCCCCAGCGCCACACACACACACCAGUAAGUCAGACCAGACUAGGGUCUGUGAUUUGCCUUUUGUCGAUGCUGAACAAACAGGUUUUUGAACACCACACCCUCCUACAGAGGCAGACCCAACAUGUCCCAAAGUGAUCAUUCUAGAAUCAUGUGCAUUCUAGAACUGUCCAUUCUAGAACUGUUUCUAGCCAUUCUAUUUCUAUGGGUGUAGUCAGUCGGUGCUUUUUGCCAAAUGACCUCCAGAGUGACUCAAUACACAGUGGACAGGCAGACGGACAGACCUAUGUCCCUUACUGGUCUUAUUUAGUGAUGGAGGGCUCAAAAAGUAGUCCCAAAUGGCACCCUCUUCCCUAUGUAGUGCACUAAUGUUGACCAGGUCCCAUAGGGUCUAAAGUAGUGCACUAUGUAGGGAAUAGGCUGUCAUUUGGAACAAAGCCCAGACAGACGCAGGCCUUUGUCUGCUCCGGUCAGAGAGAAGGGUAGACAGUCUGCCAGUAGUAACACCGUGGUCAGUAUUCAGUCAGUGUGUAUCUGCUCCUUCAGGCCGUCUCUCUCUCUCUCUCUCUGUGCUGCUGUUGCUGUGGUUUUAAACGUGUGCCAACGACUCCGUUCCAAUAUCAACGCCAGCCUCACUCGUUCGAAUGCACUGCUUCCUUCAUGUUAGCGUGGAUGUUGGAAUGCAGCCCCAAGAGUCAGUCAGAACACAGUGUCAUUUCAAAAGCCCAGGCCCACUUUGACGAUGUUACAAAGCCAAACGCCUGUUUCAUUAGGAUUCUGCUACAGACAAAAACCUGCCUUCAGUGGUCUGGUCGGCCUCCACAACUGGUUUUAACCCAGUCUGAGUUGUCAUUCAUUGUGUCAAAAAGAGUUGUAGAGGUUUCAAGCUGUUAAUUGUGAUGUCAGACCCCCGCCCUGCCCUGAGAACAGUCUGUUCCUCUACUACAACUCCUUCUUCCUGCUCUCUCUCUGACACUCUCUCGCUCUCUCUCUCUCUCUCUCUCUCUCUCAUUAUGACAUCACUGAGGGUUCCGACACAACGAGAAUGAAACGUCAUUCUAGUUCUAUUGAUUCUAUGGAAUGUGGAGGAAGGUUUGGGGCCAGGUCCAUUAUAUCAAGGUGGGGUUGUGAAGGUGCAAUCUGGCGUAUUGGACCUGAGGUGGGAAGGACCUGAGGUGUGUGUGUGUGUGUGUGUGUGGAAGGUGAUGGUGUUUUAAAGCUAUGCAACAGCACUGUGCUCCAGGCCACACAGCAAAAAUAUUUAAAUGAACCACUUCUCUGUAUGUUAUGAGAAUGAUCACGAUGAUGUGUUACUGCUCUACCCCAUGCAAUCAGUUCUUUAUUAGUGAAGAGUAAAAUAUGCAAAUGAUCUGCCAAAAAUAUGACUGAUAUUGUUGUGCCUCCUGUUACCCGACUUCGCCUUUUUCCCCUAAUCAAGGUUUUAUACUUGCAGUGUUUGCCUUAGCGGUGUUUUAAUGUCCUCAUUUCAAGAUGAAGUCUGCUUUCCAAAUGGCACCCUAUUCCCUACAUGACGACCUAUUGGCUCUGGUCUAAAGUAGUAUAAGUAAAUAGGGACACGGGGGGGGUCAUUUGGGACAGUAUCCAAGAAGAUCAUUCACAUACGAGUCCCAACAAUGGUUACAAAACUGUGUUUCUCUGGCUUAUUGUAGUUCAGAUGUUUGUUUUUUUAUUGUUUAUGACGAAAUGCUUUCAUUGUACAGUCUAACUUAUACUGUCUUACCUUCUUACUGUUCUCCCAAUAAAACCACAAACCAUUUUACAAAUUGUGA